AUGCAAGAUGAAGAAAAUUACCUUGCUAGAUGUGACAUUUAUGGAAACAACGAUCCGGGCGAUGAUGACAACUUUGACUUCAUGGAAACUACAGUAGAAGAUGAAUACGAACCCAUAGACUAUGCCAGUGGUCAUAAUAUAGACUACAGUGGGGGCCAUGACAAUAGUGGUGAUGGAGAACAUGGAAGAGGUCAUCGCAGACAUCAUCAUGGAGGUGGUGGUGACAGCUACAACGAAGGGCAUGGAAGCGGUCAUCGCAGACAUCAUCAUGGAGAUGGUAGUGACAACGACAACGAAGGGCAUGGAAGUGGUCAUCGCGGGCAUAACCGUGAAGGCGGUGGUAAUAGUGACGACGAAGGACACGGAAGAGAUCAUCGCGGGGACCAUGGCGAAGACUAUGGUGAAAACGAUAAUGAAUUACACAGCAGAACCACAGGCGCAGAUGAACACUACGGCCAUGGCGGAGAUGAAGACUAUCACCAACAUGAAGGCACAAACUAUGCCCAAGGCGGAGGUGAUGACCAUUCUCACGCCUAUGAUGCAAACUAUGCCCAAGGCGGCGGUGUUGAUCAAUCUCACGCCUAUGAUGCAAACUAUGCCCAAGGCGGAGGUGUUGACCAAUCUCACGCCUAUGAUGCAAACUAUGCCCAAGGCGGAGGUGAUGACCAGUCUCAAGUGCAGGGUGGUGGGUUUCAAGGGGGUUACGGCGGAGGCUAUGGAGAAGGUUAUGGCGAAGGCUAUGGCUAA